UCUGUUGUUCAUUCACUCAUACACACACUCCAUCCACACGUACUUGACAGACACACACAGCAUGUAGACACACUUUCUAAUUCAUUCACCUCCCUCGCUCACACGCUCACAGUUUCCUUUUACAACCUUGAUUUUUAUUUUUACUCUUUUCCUGCCUAGAGAGUCUGGAGAAGAAGCUACGCCACCUCAACUUUAAAACUGCCGUUACAGAAUACAGGAGACUGAGAGAAGAGACAGCAAGAACAGAAUAAAACAAAAAAGAGGCUGGAAAUACACUGAAGUGCUCUGAAGGAUGGAAUAGAGAAGAAUGAAAGUCCCGAAAACAUCAGGACGAAACACUUGAGAGAAACUGACUGACUGAAGGAGACAAAGCUCAGAAAUAUACAUCAGCGCAAAUCAGCCAGAUCUCCAGCCAGUGUUCGUUUGUGUGCCGCCCUUGACCUGACUGGACUGACGCCAUGUUUUGGACACUGCUUCUGGCUUUGAUCCUACUGCUGUUGCUCCAGGCACAGCUGCUUGUUUGUCUACAUGAACUGCGAGCCUCUCUGUCCUCAGUGACUUCAGCGACCCCUUCUGGAACUUCCAAUGGCUCAGCUUUGCAACGCCUGCCGGGAGCCAUAAUCAUCGGGGUGCGCAAAGGAGGCACCAGGGCCCUGCUGGAGAUGCUCAACCUCCAUCCAGAUGUGGAAGUAGCUAAGAACGAGAUCCACUACUUCAAUCUGGAUGAAAAUUUUCGGAAGGGUCUGGAUUGGUAUCGUGCCCAGAUGCCCAUCACUCUCCCUGGGCAGUUGACGGUGGAAAAGACCCCUGGCUACUUCACAGCACCACUGGCCCCAAAGAGGAUAUGGGCCAUGAAUCCAGCUGUGAAACUGCUGCUGAUCAUUCGUGACCCUGCUGAGAGACUUGUAUCAGACUACACGCAAGUUCUCCACAACCGAAUUCAGCAAAACAAGCCAUACCAGCCACUCGAAGAGCUGCUGCUAUCACAAGGACACAUCAAUCCUAAAUACAAAGCCCUUCAGAGGAGCUUUUACUACCAGCACCUUGCCAGAUGGUUGGAGCUUUUUCCCAGGGAGCAGAUGCACAUUGUGGACGGAGAGGCACUGAUUAGAAAUCCGUUCCCUGAGCUGCAAAAGGCGGAGAAGUUUCUGGAACUUCCACCUCGGAUAAAGCCAGACAAUUUCUACUUUAAUGUCACCAAGGGGUUUUAUUGUAUGCUGUCUGCGGGACACGACAAGUGCCUGGAUGAGUCUAAAGGAAGACCACAUGCACCACUUAGCAACGAGGCUUUCCAGAAGCUCUGCCGCUACUUGCGAGUUCCCAAUCAAAUCUUUUUCAGAAUGGUGGGACAGAGGUUUGACUGGUGCUAAAGACACUUACAGAGGCUGAGAAUGGGAUUUAAACUACUGUUGGAAACCCAUUGUGUGAAAAUGUUCUAAUACUGUCAAAGGAAUAUGAUGAAAAAUGACAGCAACCAGUCUGCAAGAGGGCUAAGUAAAGAGACCAGGGCCAAAAACUGAAUUAGUUCUGAACACUAAUACAUCUACAGUUCAUCUUCUGUGGAAAGUAAAAUAGAUUUGCAGGACUUCACGUGCUUUAAAAACUCUUUGGACCUCUUUUAACUCUAAAAGUCUCAGUUCAAACAGACUAUUGAUGUGGUGAAAAUGAGAUUGAAAAGGCAAUGUCCAAGUUACUUAAGACAAUGAACUUAAAAACUUGUUUUUUUCUAAUUGAAAAUAAACACAGAAUGUGGAUAGACACCAAGAAUUGCAUACAACACAUAAAAUAAAAACUAAAAUGUUACUUCCAGUGGUACUUGAAGCAUUUAACAAAAACACUACUGCUUUGCCAGCUGUAAUUAUUGUAGUCUACUCAUUUAAUUUUCAUGUUUAAUAUGCUAAUUUGUACUUGAAUAUUUUAUUUUAAUUUUUCUGAAUAGAAAUGUCUAUUUUUUAAAUUAAUUGGUUCUUUAAAUUAAUGAGAUAUUUCAUAAUGUCAUAAGUUAAUGCACUACAAAAUUGUGUUUUCUAUUCAAUAAAUA